ACACGACAUCCAAGGACGAUGCUCACGGCGACCCGUCUCCGCGUCUUACGCGCCCGACGGGCAACCGUCGCAGCGGUGGCGUCGAACUCAUCUGCACGACAAACAUCUUCCUAUGGCCCUAGGCUCGCGUCUGGACGCGCAGUUUUCGGGGGGAAGAUCGUCGGUACGCGUCACUUUGCUUCUUCAGCCACCAGGCGGGAGGAAGACCCCAACGCGGUACUCGAACGACUUCGCAAAGACGAGGAUGGCGACGCGAUUCCUGCUGAAGAGCUCACCUCCGUAGGCUCCCAUGAGCAGCAGCACGAGCACGCGGUCAUCUCGACGUUCGACCUGUUCAGUAUCGGAGUUGGUCCAAGUUCGUCGCACACCGUUGGCCCGAUGCGGGCGGGCAAGAUCUUCAUCGGUGACUUGGAUGCUCACGGCUUGCUGGAGAAGGUCAAGACCGUGAAAAUAUCACUAUAUGGCUCCCUGGCAGCAACAGGAAAAGGUCACCACACGCCACAAGCCAUCCUAUUGGGACUCGAAGGCUCUGACCCUGAGACGAUCGACACGGGCACCAUCCCGUCGCGGUAUGCCGCCAUCCUCGAAAACAAGAUCCUCCUUUUGGGCGGCCGUCACCACAUCACGUACGACAUGGACCGCGAUAUGGUGUGGCGCUGGGAUCAGGUUCUCAAGACGCAUCCCAAUGGCAUGCGCUUCUCGGCAUUCGGCGAGGACGGCGACCUGCUCGCGACCAACGAGUACUUCAGUGUCGGGGGUGGCUUUGUCGUGAACGAGAAGACGAAAGUGGACGAGAACCUGUUCUACAAGGGUGUUGACAAGAGCAUCGUGCACGGCGCACGACUCCAGCAGACGCAUAGCUCCGAGAGCACUCCUGGCGCGCCACCGGAGGCUCCAGACCCCAUCCAACCCCCUUACCCGUUCGUCUCAGGAGAUAGCCUUCUCGCGCUGACGAAGAAGCACAACAUGACCAUCGCCCAGAUCGUUUACGACAACGAGUUGCACUUUGGGUACUCGCACGAGGACAUACAUGAGAAGUUGAUGCGCAUAUGGGGUGUCAUGGACGAAUGCAUACGCACAGGUGUGUCCUCGGCGGAGGAGAAACUCCCAGGCAGGCUUGGCCUCCGCAGGCGCGCGCCCAUGCUCUACCGCCGCCUCAUGCGUGGAUUCUACCCUGGGCUGGCCUCUCCCCACCUCCAGCAAAUUGGCGCAGGCUCGUCGAUGUCCGCGGGGAGGAUUGACGCCCCCGACGGCUUCAGCGCGGGCGCAGCGUGGGGCGCAGAGCCCGACAGCGGCAACGGAAAUGCGAUGGGCCCCGGGCGCAGGAUCUCUGCAUCGCGGCCCACUCGCGUUGUUGGUACCCUGGACCAUCCUGUGACACCCAUGGCAAUACGCAAGACGACGAUCCCCGCAAUGGACUUCCUGUCGUGCUACGCGAUAGCGGUCAACGAGGUCAACGCCAGCGGCGGCCGCAUCGUCACGUCGCCCACCAACGGUGCUGCGGGCGUCAUCCCCGCCGUGCUGAAGUAUAUUGUCGAGUUUAUCAGCGACGACCCGGAGAAAGCCGUGGUUACGUUCCUGCUCACCGCAUCGGCGGUCGGCAUGCUGUUCAAGAGGGGAAGCACUAUCUCUGCUGCGGAGGGCGGAUGUCAAGCCGAGGUCGGGGUUGCGUGUUCUAUGGCGAGCGCGGGCUUUGCCGCAUGCAUGGGUGCAUCGCCGGAAACGGUUCUGCAAGCCGCCGAGAUUGGCAUAGAACACAACCUAGGCCUAACGUGCGAUCCCAUCGACGGGCUGGUACAGGUUCCGUGCAUAGAGCGGAAUAGUCUUGGGGCUGUCAAGGCCGUAACGGCCGCGCAAUUGUCGAUGGCCAGCCAGAACGUGUACAGCGUUACGUUGGACGAGGCCAUCGAGGCCAUGCGGCUGACCGCCGCGGAUAUGAGCGUGAAGUACAAGGAGACGAGUCUUUCGGGUCUCGCCAGGACCGUCAGGAUUCCGCUCACCGUUCCCGCCUGCUGAAGGCUUCGAGGCAAGCUUGUUUGCCUGGCGGCGCUGCGGCGCUGUUGCCGACGUCCCCGAUAUUGCUACUCUGAUAGACAUAGAUGCUUCCACUAGACGCGACGGACUUUUCGACUUGCUUCCAGCUACAUUCAUAUCGCUAAACAGAUGUUAUCCUACGCUGCUCAAAGAUAUCUUGGAUUGAUGUCCCCCGCGGGUGCGGAAGUUCGACUCGCUACUCACAGGUCGUCGAACGUCUGGCUUGCUGGAUGAUUCCAUCCGAAUUUCUGAGGUACAACCGGGGUUCUAAUUGAUACUUGUCAACGCCACUAGUAUCCGUUGACGGUUCAUUGGAUCAUUUCCAAGGCAUUUGAGACGUUUC